UUUCUACAGUUAGAAUGUUAAAUAAUAUUAUAAUAUGUUGUAAUAAAUCAUAAAAUAAUGUAUACUUAUUUAAUUUACAACAAAUUUUUAUAAAAACGGUUAAUUUCUCCACUUUGUUCGCCAAGCUUAAUUUUGUUGCACUGAAUAAACGUAUUGCUACUGAUAUUAAUUCCUUAGUCCCUCUUUAUCUACUUCCUAUGACAAAUCCUUUUAAGCAUAUAUUUUAAACAUAAAACGCAUUUUUAAAUGGUAAAUUUAAAAGUGGGCCUUAUUCGGCUCAAGUACCUUAGUAUUAUAGUUAUAAUAACACUGAAGAUGAUGCUUUGAAAUACAUAGCAUGAUUAUUUAUUUUAUUUAUUUUACUUUAUUUAUUUUACACAUAUAUAGCAAAUUUUGCUGAGUUUAGAAAACUAUUUUAUUAUUAAAUCAGGGAGUAGCGCUGUUAGCGCAAUAAGGAGUUAAUACAUUAAAUAUGUAAAAAUAUGUAAAAUUAUCUACGUAAAAUAAUGAAAUUGCGUUCUUAAACAUGGAAAUAAGGCUUGUAAGAAAUAUUACAAAAGAAAUUUGUUUUGCUCGUUAUAGUCCAUUGCGUGCUGUGUCGGUCGUAUCGAUCGGUUUCCUAGGCUUCUGUAUUUACGUGUCUCCUUGACUACCUGAGUGACGCCGGUCCAUGUAAUGCUACAAAUGCUUUGAAGUGUACAUCAUUUUCUGAUUGGUCACUCGGAUACUUCCGCUCCAGGACGGACGGAACAAAUAACAAUCGGUUUACUAAAAUCGGAGCGACAGUCGUGCGUUCGUCAUGCCGGCGUAAACGACGCGAGACGAAACGUGGUGCACAUGGCGCAGCCGUUGGACGAGUGCGGGCGCGCGAGCGAUGAUCCUUCGUCGUUGACGAUACUGUCGAGAUUUAAUAUUGAAGGCAAUGGGACGUUCGACUACAAGCAAUUCCGAACGGUCUGCGUUCAGCUGUUCGGCGAGGACGAGGUCGAGGAGCACGAGUGGAGGGCACGAGAGGUCUUCGAGAGAUUGGAUAAUAACGCGGAUGGCGCGUUGACUGGCCAGGAAUUGCACAGAUGCUGCGCAUGGAUACAUACGACUUUAAAUCCUGUCAAUGUUCUGAUAGUCGUCGAUGUGCAAAAUGAUUUCAUCGAUGGCACGUUGGCACUUAGAAAAUGCGGCUAUGGGCAGGAGGGAUUGGAAGUUGUGAAACCGAUAAAUCGGCUCUUGAAGGACGGUCGCUGGGACAAAGUGAUAUAUACUCAGGAUUGGCAUCCCGAGAAUCACAUCAGCUUCUUUGACAAUUUGGCGAUGCGCGAUCUUCAUCCUAAAUCCAAGAUCACUAAGGAAACGGCGAAGCCUUUUGAUGCCGUCAUUUUCUCGGAACCUUAUGUAACGCAAGUACUGUGGCCAAGGCAUUGCGUUAUGAACACUUGGGGCGCUGAAUUGCACAAAGAUUUGUUAAUAGUGGCUUCUUCCGAACGGGUACGUAAGGGUCAACAUCCAGACAAAGAGUCGUAUUCAGCAUUCGAAAAAGAUAUGAAUGGUCCCACAGAGAUCGAAAAAAUUUUGUCGGCCCUUGGCGCCACACACUUGUAUAUCUGCGGUAUCGCCUAUGACGUGUGCGUAAAGAAAACGUGUUUGGAUAGCUUGCGGUUGGGUUAUCGGGUUGCUGUGAUUGAUGAUUGCUGUCGUGGUGUAAAACCGGAUGACAUAAUGAUUGCGAAAAGUUCAAUUGUUGAAAAUGGUGGUCUAGUAGCAGACUCCGAUCUCGUUUUGUCCUUGGUGAACGAAGGCAAGCGUAGCCUAGUAAUGGCACAUGGAAUAUACAAGCUAAUGAGAAUCAUUCGUUAGGAAAAAUGUUUCUUUAAAAAUUAUUAGUUUGUCGAAUUUAAGAAUUUGAAUGGAAAAACUGACUAGAAAAAGAUUUGAGUUAAAAUUUGAGUAAAAAUUCUUUUGUGAACUUUUACUUUUUUAAUGACUCUGUCAUUAGUUCCAUGUUUUUGUCGAGUUAGUUUCUAUUUAAUUUUAUUCCUAUAUAAAUAUUUCAAGUUUGAAGAAGAAAGAAUACAAUCAUAAAAAGUAAAACAAUUUUAUCUUGAUUCAAAACAUUUCAAAAGUUUUAUUUUUGUGCUAUUUAAUUAUUUAUUUAUAAAUUGUAUACUUUUAGUAUUAAGAAAUGUUGAAUUUGACACAAAAUAUUUAAAUAAUACAAUCAUGUUAUGUUAAAUUAACACUCAAAUAUGUUAAAAGUACAACACAAAAAUUUUAACAAGACCAGUUUUAAUAAGUACAAAAUGUUUUUUACUGCAUAUAAAUAUAGGUCGAACUUAAAAAUUAUAACUUCAGUCUGUGAUUAAAUCACAUAUUGCAUUAACAGUCUGCUUACGAUAAUAAAAUAUUUAUAAAUGGUACAAUUUAGUUAUAAUAAUUUACUUAAAUAUACAUAAUAUUGGUACAAACGUUAUCUACCUGUAGUUAAUAUUAAGAAAAAUCUGAUAAGGAAAUAUACAACCAAAUGUCUGAUUUAAAUAAGUUUUAGAUGUGUUAAAUUAAAGAUAAAAAUAAGAAACAUGUAUUUUUUUGUAAGUGCUGAGUGUUAUGCAUGUCAAAGAGAAUUAAGAAACACUUUAAAAAAAAGAAUUGUUUUUUUUCUUACAAAACGUAUAUUGUCAAAACUACAUAUAUUGAAGUGUAUAUCGAAAUAUAAGCAAUAACAAAUAUUCUAAAUGAAAUUUGAGUCAUUUAAAAAGUAUAAUACAGUAAUAAAAUAACUUUUUUUUCUAAAUUUCAUUAUUGUUAAAAUUUAAAAAAGUUUUUUAAUUAUUAUAAAAUGUUCUUGAAACCAUUCAACUUUCAUUUUAAACAUUUUUCAAUAUAUUACAUUAUAUCUUUGAUUUAUUUAUUAGAGCCAUACUUUUGUUAUUAUUUUUAUUUUUUUAUUCACUUACAGUUUUGAUGACAUUUAUCUCUAAAGAAAAAAAAAAACCGAUUUUUUUUAAAAAGAUGUUUUACCUCUUAACGUGCGAAACAGCACUUUAAAAAAAUAUGUAUCUUUUAUUUUAUUUUACAUUUUAAAAUACCUAAAGAUCGUUAAAAUUGGAGCAGGACAUUUGGUUGUGUUUCUUUGUGAAAAUAUAUUGCAUUUGUAAUUAAAAACCCAAUUAUAUAAUUUUAAUAUAAACAACUUUUAUAAUAUAAAUUAUAUUGAAAAUAUAUAUUUAUAAAUUAGAUA